ACUUCCCGCCAUUCUCCAUCCAAAAAACACAACCGUUACAAAGAGGGGCAGAUGGUGAGACGACCUUCAAAGCAGCGUAGGCCGGAAAUAACGGAAUAUUCCGUUAAUAGCCGUUAUAAAGGCGUUAGGAUGAGGAAAUGGGGGAAAUGGGUGGCGGAGGUACGGCUUCCGAAUAGCAGAGAGAGGAUUUGGUUAGGAUCGUAUGACGAGCCGGAGAAGGCGGCGAGGGCGUACGAUGCUGCCGUUUUCUGCUUACGUGGACCGUCGGCGAAGCUUAAUUUUCCGGAGACUCCGCCGGAGAUACCGUCGGCGGAGAGGCUGACACGGGAGCAGAUCCGGGCGGAGGCGGCGAGGUUCGCGCACAGUAGGCCUGCAGCGGCGUCGGAGACGCAGAUGCCGGUGGAAUCUUCGUGGGCGUCGUCGGCGUCGGAAUUUAGGGCGGAGAGUUCGUCUGCGUUGCUGGACGCGACGGCGGCCGCGUUCGAUGAUAUGUCCGUGGAGUGCUUCUUUCCGGCGGGGGAGAGGUUGUUGCAGGAUGAGGAGGAGGAGGAGGAGAAUUGCGGCGGUGACGCAUUUUAUCAGUCGCCGGGUCUUUGGAACUUCUGAUGCGUACUGCGCACUUUUCAGGUGGUUUUUGUUUUGGAAGCGGAUUGGCUGGUGUAUCGCACACCACCGACCUGGCUGGUGUGGGUACGUGUCGUGCAAAGACGAGCGUACUCCGAGUUGUACUAACGGUUCAAAGAAAUGGGACCCAAAAUGAUGUAUUUAUUAUAUCCACAUCGUUCAUCCAUUUGUAGAGAUCAUUUUAGGGAAUGAGCCCAAAAAUGACUCAUUUUCAAAGAUCAAGUAGACCACACCACAAAUAGCAGUGGGAUCACCGUUAAAAUAUUCGUAGGGCCCACCAUAACGUUUAUUUUCCAUCCAACCUGUUCAUAAGGUCACACAGACCUGGAUGAAGAGGAAAAACAAAUAUGAUAUUGAUCCAAAA